AUGGCCACUCCGGCACAGGCCCUUCAGGCGCAGGCCACUCUGGCGCAGGCCUCUCCGGCGCAGGCCACUCCGGCGCAGGACACGGCACAGGCCACCCCGGCGCAGGCCACUCAGGCGCAAGCCACUCAGGUGCAGGCCACUCAGGCGCAAGCCACUCAGGCGCAAGCCACUCAGGCGCAGGACACGGCACAGGCCACCCCGGCGCAGGCCACUCAGGCGCAAGCCACUCAGGUGCAGGCCACUCUGGCGCAGGACACCCCGGCACAGGCCCUUCAGGCGCAGGCCACUCAGGCGCAGGCCACUCAGGCGCAAGCCACUCAGGCGCAGGCCACUCUGGCGCAGGACACCCCGGCACAGGCCCUUCAGGCGCAGGCCACUCCGGCGCAGGACACGGCACAGGCCACCCCGGCGCAGGCCACUCAGGUGCAGGCCUCUCAGGUGCAGGCCACUCUGGCGCAUGCCACUCGGGUGUAUCCUGAAACUGGAAAAAAUCAUCAGCCAUCUCCCUCCCAACUUUUUGAAUACCAUCGAAGCGAAACAGAGAUCGAUGACCAUGUUUACACAAGCGCUUUGAAAGAAACGGGAGAUGCAGAAUCUUGCGUGCCUCGGUAUACUUUGAAGCGAAAAGUACUUGAACCCCCCAGGUGGGGGGCUACGGUUCAAUACAAGGAUCUCCAUUCUUAUGCGGAGGCCAAUUCCAAGAAGGCAGCAAAGCAUUCUGCCUCUAAAUCUCUCUGGUUACAGAUGGGCAGAGGGUUUAUUGGCAACGAUUAUGGUUAUAUCUAA